UUGAUAUGAUUGUGCAUUUUCCACAUAACACUUAAUCUUCCGGUAUGAGCUAGCGAUCCUCGCGACGACUCGUCAUCGCUUGACAAUUCGCAACGUUCGACGGAUUUCUAUCGUUGCAAUCGUCGGUCUUAUCAUCGCAUUUUACAAAGGCAGAAAGAAUUGGAACGUCAUUGGCCGCAACAUUGCGAUAUACAGCUGUCUCGUAUCUUAGCAUUCUUAGCGCGAGCACGCGAGACUCGAGAGAUGGAUGAAUUGAAUCGCAGUCACCAGCAAUCACCAGCAGUCACCAGCAGUCACGUAGAUAGAUAGCGCAGUAGAUGGAUGGAUACGCGCGGGAGGCGGGAGGCCACACACACGGUCGGUUAUUAUUUCGCAGAGAUAUGGCUCGAAGUCUUCGAUCGGAGCUCUACUGGGAUACUCUGCAGGUUCGCAGCCGCUUCGUACGUCCAGGUGUAGGCUGCACGCGUAACAUGACCCACAUGCAUGUUUCGCCGACGCCGACGCUUUGAAUAUACCCUACGUCUUGAGAGAUAACAAUAACGUGUCAGCGCUCGUGGUCAGCGGACAGCGAUGUAUGUGCGGCCGUGAUAGGCGCUUGACUAUUGCGAUAACGCGACAAUAUAAUGCACAAGUCGCCGGACGAUGUCGGAAAGAAUUUAUAAUCUAAACGAUUAUCAUGAUCGCAUAUAAAACUUUGUGCGAACAGUACUUGGAAGUGAAUUGCGUGUGCAGUGUAAUAUACCUUGACAUACCUGCAUGCCUUUAAGUAUCCAAUCGAAUCGCUUAACAUAUACAUAUAUAUAUCUCGUUCAAAAAGUGAUAGUCACUAACGAUGCGUCGAAUGCGUAAACGCUCCAAGAAAUAGUCGUGGGAUUUCCUCUAUUAUACAAUACAAUUCUACUGCCACGGGAAGAGCCGUAUACGUAUAUAGUAAGAUGAGCGCUUUCGUCGACAGCAUCCAGGACGAGAAAACGCCGAGUGCCGUAGGUGACGCGAGAUCAAAUGCGAGUACCUCGCUCAGCGAUGUAGGAGAGGACGCGAGAGGUAGCAAAUUUAACAAAUCGACUCAGAGCGAUAUCUCGUGGAGACUCCCUUGCGCCGGAGAUCAUAGACAGAGAUCUAGGCCGAUGUCUCUGGCAUAUUUGCCGACCAAGAUUCCGAAACAGAUGAGCGAAUUGAGCUUCUCCACGCAUAGCUCCAGAAGUACGUUAUAUCCUGUUCAGAGCGAGUUGGUUUUAUCAUCAAGAAAUAGGCAUAAUAGAUACGUGUCUCUGGACAUGAGAUCGAUCAAUAAUCUUCCGUAUCCUAGUCCGCACUCCAACAGCUACAUUUUCGGCAAUAGUACACCGGCGUACACGUGUUGCUGUACAUGUGCAGGAUCGCAGAUCUCGUCACCACCGCCGCCGCCGUCGCCGCCGACGCCGCCGCCGCCGCCGCUGCCGCCGCUACCGGCACCGUUCUCACAAAACGAAACUGACGAUCAGGAUGGACCCGAGAACCUCUCGUGGAGGAGACUUCACAUGAGCAGAGCGAAGCUAAAAGCAACUGCAACCACAUCUGAACUUCUUAGUGGAUUCGCAAUGGUGGCAAUGGUGGAACUGCAAAUAAAUGAACCGACGGCGGUUCCGGAAUGGCUGUUUGUAAUGUUUGCCGUUUGUACCACUUUCUUGGUAUCGGUGCACAUCUUUGCACUGAUGAUCAGCACGUAUCUUUUACCCAAUAUCGAAGCCAUAAGUAAGCUUCAAGUUUCACGACUCAUAACGGAGUCACCCCACGAGAGGAUGCGCGGUUUCAUCGAAUUGGCUUGGGCAUUUUCCACGAUACUCGGACUGUUUCUCUUUCUAGUAGAGGUGGCUAUUCUCUGCUGGGUCAAGUUCUGGGACUAUUCCUUUACCGCUGCCACUGCCAGCACCAUAAUAGUCAUUCCCGUGCUCAUAGUAUUCGUCGCUUUCGCUGUUCACUUUUAUCACUCUUUGGUAGUUUACAAAUGUGAAAGUGUGGUAUCAGAUAUGAAGGAUUUGGAGAGCAUAAAAAGGAACUUGGACAACGUGACGAUAGGGCAAACUAAUGUAUAAGUUCGAGACAAUAUACAACCUGUAAUAUAUUAUGUGUACAAAUGAUUAUCCUAAAUGAAAAAGAAUGCAUUAAAGUUAGGCCGAUAGAUAAGAAUAUCGAGUGAUGUGCUACUAUCGGAGUAUAAAUUAAUUUGUGGCAGGCAGGAAUACUCAGGUUUAAAAUAGGUGUUAUUCUUCAAUUAAAAACAUAUCUUUAAUGAGAAUGACAUAGAAAAAGAACACUAUGUGUGGAUUUGUUAUCAAUAACUUUACUUUUCAAACGCGACCAUAUGAAAAUAUGGUCAAGUUUUAUUAUAUAUAAAAAUGUACAUAGCUGUACACAUGCAAGUCGAGAAUUGCAACAGUACAAGCGAGUGCUCUUUAGUAUAUUACCUAUAUAAUAUCCAGCAUUUAAUAAUAUCUGUGUGUAUACGGUUUAACACUCUUGAUUUUUAUUUAAACCUGUUCCUUGAUCAUUCUAUUACUAUCAUAUAUCAUGUCGCUAAUAUACAUAUAUAGUAUCUUUUAUUACCGCGACACUUAGUUUGCGGAAAAACUGAAGGAUAAUUGAGUACUCAUUUUAUGUACACUUCCUGAAAUUUACAUAAUUUUUCUAGUCAAUAAAUAAAUCGUCAAAGUUUAGGAUGUCCGGCGAAAAAUUUGGUUUCUUACUCUAAUGUUAGGAAAAAAAUAAAGAUAUAACUAAUGUAUCUUUCGUUUUUACCAUAAACUAAGUUGCAAUCUUACUACAAACGUUUCUAUAAUAUUAUGCCUUAACUUCUUUUAUAUAAUACAAAAACACUCGAUCGAAGGAGUCGUUGUAAGCAAAACGGGGAAAUAUAAUUACUUUAGUACAACAAAAGUAUUAUGUGAUACCUGUUGUUAUAAAUUACAAAUUGUAUUGCACUAAUCUAUGUCCGAAAACUUGAACGUUUUCUUAAAGAUACAUGCUACAUCGUAUUGAAAAUUCAUUGCAUUCGAUUAUUUUUGCUUAAUAAGCAAAAUCUCAAAUUUAUAGAGGCAUUACGCAGAUCUUAUGUAAAAUUUGCCUCUUGAGAACCAUUAUCGUAUGUACAUUGGAAGAGAAAAAAAAUCAAAACGUACAUUACAGAAAUAUAAAUGUCAUGUUGCAAUACGUAACUUGAUAGAAAAGAGAGAAAAUACUGUUGAGAGAUAAAUCGAUGAUUUGAGCAUUAACCAUUGUGUUGAAAACUACUCUUUAAGAAAUGACAUUCUAAAUUGAUUAAAAUCAAUUUUA